AUGCAGCAAGCUAUGCGUAUCAUCGAGACGAUUAAACUCGUCGCUUAUACCGCAGUUUUUUGUGAAUAUAUCUUCAUUCAGUCACUACGAGUACAACCACCACCAUGUCGACAGCAACAACAUCAACAUCCACAACAUCAACAUCCACAACAUCAACAUCCACAACAUCAACAUCCACAACAUCAACAUCCACAACAUCAACAUCCACAACAUCAACAUCCACGACAUCAACAUCAACAACAACGACGACAACGACAACAACAACAGCGACAACAACAACAACGAACAGUAAGACAAAGUUUUCACUGCUAG